AUGACGAAGUCUUUUCUGAAGGAUAUCUUAAUGGAUGAAUUUCGAGCAUCAAAGAAGAAGAAGACUGCAACUGAUGUCCAAGAUCUUCUCCAUCUGGAAUAUGGUAUUAAUCUCACGUAUAGUCAGGCAUACCAUGGUUUAAAGUUCACUAAAGAGUUUCUUUGGGGUGAUGACAUCAAUUCUUAUUCAGACCUUCUUUGGUAUAAAGAAUCUAUUGGACGUUAUAAUCCUGGUAGCGUCGUCAAGUUUGAGUAUGAUGGUGAAACGAAGCAGUUCCAGAGGUUUUUUGUUGCUUUCAAAUCUUCUAUGAUUGGUUUCAAUAAGUAUUGUCGUCCGAUGUUGUUUAUUGAUUGUACUUUUCUCAAUGGGGAGUUUAAGGGUGGUCUUAUGGUUGCUUGCGGGAAAACUGGUAACCAAGAGAUCUAUCCAGUUGCAUUUGGAAUCGUACCUUGCGAGAAUUUUGAGAGUUGGGAAUGGUUCUUAACCAAUUUGAAGGGUAUUAUCAGUGAAGACCAUCCACUGACCAUCAUAUCAGAUCAUGGAGCUGGCCUUUUGAAGCAUGUCCCUCUUGUCUUUCCAAAAGCUUACCAUUCUUUCUGUUUGUACCACAUGAAAGGUAAUAUUCCGGUUCCAAAGGGCAAGAGUAGGAAAAUUGUUGUGAAGCUGUUUGAAGAGCGCUACACUGCAUUAACAAAGGAGAAGUUUUAUGCUGCUGCCAAGAGUAUGAGCAAUCUGAAGCUGGAUUUAGUUAUUGAUUGGAUGCAUGAUAAGCGGCUUCCAGCACUUGAGCUUCUAGAUUCUAUUCGUGCUUAUGUAAUGGAGCAGAACUACAAGAGGAAGGUAGAGUCUGUCGACUUGGAUGCUAAGACAUGCACUUGUAAUUGGUGGCAGAAGCAUAGUUUCCCUUGCACCCAUUCGAUGAAAGCGAUGUUGCAGAUUGGUCCAGAUGAACCUUACAAGUACAUCAUACCAUAUUAUACCACCGAGUACUAUAAAGGUUUGUAUGCUCGUCCUAUCUAUCAUAUUCCCGACUGUGAGGGGCCUCCUAAAAUCAAUGAGGAAGGUUAUGUUUUGCCUCCCAAUGGCAGUCAAGAGUCAGCUGGAAGACCAACUACUUCAAGGUAUAGGGGUUCUCGAGAGAAAGUUCACAAGAAAAGAAAGUGUGGUCAGUGUGGAAGAUUUGCCUUCCACAGCCGUCGUAAAUGUCGCAGAUCUCCUUUGGCUCCUCGUGCACCAGUCUUCCGCAAGGAGUCUAACUCCAGAAUGAUCAACUUCUUGAGGAGGAUGUUGUUCUGA